UAUAAGUUCUGCGUGCUUACAAAUGGCAACAUUAACGAGAACGAGAACACAGCAGUAAAGUUACGCCACCCACUGGCUCAAUCAUUGGUUGAAUCAUUCGAUCGUGAUUCGUAGAAGGGAAACCCUGCACCAAAGCUUAAUUAUGCCUGGUGUUUGCGAUGAGAUUAUUGAUGAUAUAGAGGACCUGAUAUCAGCCCAGGACAUCACUCCGAAGGAGCGGUACAGCUCACGCCGGACUGUUACUUAUCGUGCAAAGAAACGUCAAGAAGACAAUGAUGUUGAACCUGAAAACUUGCCUGAGAUUCCAGGAACAGCUAGAGUUUUUGUGAAGACAUGGGGAUGUACUCAUAACAGUUCUGACAGUGAAUACAUGGCGGGGCAGCUUGCUGCUUAUGGCUAUAAUCUGAUUGAUAUCAAAGAAGAUGCUCAUCUUUGGCUGCUUAACAGCUGCACUGUAAAAAACCCUGCAGAAGACCAUUUUCGUAAUGAAAUCUCAGAUGCUAAGCGUUUAGGAAAACGUGUUGUUCUUGCUGGCUGUGUACCCCAAGGAGCUCCAAAAGCUGACUACUUACGUGGCUUAAGUGUCAUUGGUGUUCAACAAAUUGAUCGUGUUGUUGAAGUUGUGGAAGAAACCCUCAAAGGCAAUUCUGUGCGGUUUCUUGGUCAGAAAAAAGCAAGUGGACGAAAGUUAGGAGGAGCUUCACUGGAGCUCCCCAAAGUUCGAAGAAAUGAUCUUAUUGAAAUCAUAGCUAUCAAUACUGGUUGCUUGAAUCAAUGCACUUAUUGUAAAACUAAGCAUGCUCGUGGAGAUCUUGGUAGUUAUCCGCCUGAUGAAAUUGUUGCUCGAGCCCUCCAGUCAUUUUCUGAAGGUGUCAAGGAAAUAUGGCUGACCUCUGAAGAUACAGGGACUUAUGGAAGAGAUCUAGGGACAAGUCUUCCAGAGUUACUGUGGAGACUUGUGAACAUUAUUCCUGAUGGUUGCAUGCUGCGAAUAGGAAUGACAAAUCCACCAUAUAUUUUGGAGCAUUUAGAGGAGAUGGCUAAAAUCUUGUCCCAUCCUCGGGUGUAUAGCUUCCUUCAUGUCCCUGUACAAUCUGGUUCUGACGCUGUGUUGACUGACAUGAAAAGAGAAUACUGCCGGAAAGAUUUUGAAAAUGUAGUUGACUUUCUGAAAGAAAGGGUACCUGGAGUCACCAUUGCAACAGACAUAAUUUGUGGCUUUCCUUCAGAAACAGAGGCUGAUUUUGAAGAGUCCAUUGACUUAUGUGCCAAGUACAAAUUUCCAAGUCUUUUCAUCAACCAGUUUUACCCAAGACCUGGAACUCCUGCUGCAAAAAUGCCUCGAGUGGCCACUACACAGGAGGUGAAAAAGAGGACAAAAAAAUUGUCGGAAUUGUUUCAGUCAUAUGAACCGUAUGGCCACAAACUGGGAGAAAUUCAAGAUGUUUUGGUUACUGAACUAUCCCAUGAUAAAAAACAUUAUGUUGGACACAACAAGUUUUAUGAACAGGUUUUGGUGCCUCAAGACCCAAAAAUGUUUGGCCAAAUGAUCAGGGUUAAGAUUAUAGGCACUCAAAAGCACUGUAUGAUUGCUGAACCCUUGGAGUCUUUGGACAAAGUUCAAAGUGAGCCUGCAGUCACGGUUGUUAAUAAUACUGUCCGACUGAGAACCAAUGACUCAACCUUACGUCCAAAAUUCUCAAUGACGGAAGGAAACAUCAGUGUUCAGACUGAGCGGAUAAAUGGUUCAUUUAAAUUAAUAGUGUUACCUCUUCUGUUUCUUGGCUUGACUUUAAUCAUUAGAGUUGUGUGGGUUCUGAUGUCAAGAAGUUCUGUCACUUCUUGAAAUUAACCAUUUUUGUCCUUGAACCAUGAAAGCAUCAAUUGAAGAGAAUUACAUGCUGGACAUGUAUAAUCUUGUGUUUGGAAUGGAUUGCAUUGCUGCAUUCAGAAGAAUGAAACUAGUACUACACCCAAUUUUGGAGAACAUUCUUACUUCAUUAAGCUUAAGAAGCAGAGGGCAAAGUAAAACAAUGAGUUAACUGGAAAGCCCUUGAGUUACAAAGUUUGUAAGAGUGCCUGUACUUUAAAUUAAAUUCUUCAAAUUGAAGCCACA